CUAAAACGGAGCUUCUUCUCCUUCCUCCGCCGGCAUCCGCCGAUCCACUUCCGAAUUCUUGACCGAUCGAUUAUCCUCCAAGGGAUGGAGGCGGCGUCGGUUUCUCCAUCUUUUUACCCAUUAGACUCAGGAGUGUUGCUGAGUUACGAAGAGACAGCUACAGGCUUCGUGAGCCAUCUCCGCAGCGAUCUGAGCAUGGAAGAAAUCCCAACAGUCUCUCUCAUGGAGGAGCCCGACGCUGACCGGAGACAAUUGCUCAUCGAUCAAGCCAAGGUCUCCAUCGUCUUCCUCUCUGUCGGAUACGCCGCGUCGCAGCGGCACAUGGACGAGCUGGUGAAGAUAAUUGACCGGAACGAAGCCGAGAGAGACUGCGUUAUUGUGGUGUUCUACCGUGUGACGACGGACGAUGUCGAGAAAUUGGAAGGGGAGUUCGGGGAAGCGUUCAAGCAUCUCGCCGGCGGCUUCUCCGACGAGGUGGUGGAGCGGUGGAAAGAUGCUCUGGUCAAAGCAGGAUACCUCACAGGACGAGUGGUCUCUCGCGACCAGUACAACAUGAGUGCCAUCGUGUGACUCGAGUUGUGGGCGACGUUUCACGGUGGCGGACCCAUUUGCGCAUCCCUAAUUCGAAGGGAGAUUUCGAGAUCGACAGACGAAUGAAGGCUUUGGAAGCCCUUGUACUGCUACACGACGAUGGUGGUGGUGGUGGUGAUGGAGUCAACGGCAACAUUUGUGGCGUUGGAGUUUGUGGGAUGGGAGGUGACGGCAAGUCCACUGUGAUGAGGCAUGUCCUUAGCCACAUUCAAGGGCAAUUCGAUGGAUGCUGCUUGAUUAAAGACCGAGGCAACGAGGCCAUCAAUGGGGAGUUGUUUCGUCUGAAUGAUACUCUAUGCAGGGAGAAGAACAAGGUCCUGAUUGCUCUGGAUGGUGUGGAUGUAUCUCAACAGGUUGAACAUCUCCUGAAACGGUGUGGGUGGAUUGGUUGCGGAAGCAGGAUUAUUGUGACGACGAGAGACGAAGAUGCCAUUGAUGUGGUAGCGCAUGGAGGGAUUAAGGUCGGCACAGCAGAUCACAAGAUUCGCUGGCGACCAUACCACAAGGUUGAGGGGUUCAGCGACGAGGAAGCCUACAACUUCCUCGUGAAGAUCGCCUUUGGUGGGAGGGUUCUUCCUGACGAUCUCAACCAGGUGUUGAAGAAGGUGAUCAGCUAUGCGCAAGGUAACCCAUUUGCUCUCAGGGCCUUGUGCCGUGGUGGUCUGAUUGGGAACACCGGUGCCAGAGUCUGGAGAAGCAUGGUGGAGAAAUUGGACAGAGUGGCGAAUCUGGACAUCCAGGCCAAGAUGAAAACAAGCUACGACGCACUACCUGAAGAGCAACAGGACAUGUUUCUCGACAUCGCCUGCUUCUUUGAAGGGGAAAGUGUUGAUUACACAGUAGAGAUGCUGGAGGCAUGCUACCCUUAUUGUGAUGUAAGAGAUGAAGUUGGGUAUCUCAGGAAGAAGUCGCUUAUAUCGACGGAUGGUGAUGUUAUAGGUAUCCACAGUCUACACAAAGCAAUGGCCAAAGAGAUCGUCCGUGUGGAGGUUGGGUCUCCUGGAGGAGAUGUGCGCCGGGCCAGGAUGCUAUGGAACCAUGACGAUGUUCGUCGUGUGCUGAGUAAUGGUACUACGGUAAGUGCAUCGAUUCGAGGUAUAAACCUGGACAUUUGCAAAGCAAGGAGGAUGGGCUUGCCUCGCGAUGCGUUUGCAGGGUUGAGCAAUCUGAAAUUCCUCAAGUUUCAUAUAUCUCCUAGUUGUUCUGCACCUUGUGGAGAGCAUCAGCACUACAAAGUUUAUCCAUCUCAAGCUUCCAUUCGUCUUCCUGAUAAGCUGAUGGUGCUUCACUGGCAUAGAUAUCCAUUGGCCUCUUUGCACUCGCUGUUUAAUCCUCGCAACCUCGUUGACAUUCACCUAGUUCAUAGCAAUCUGGAACGGCUAUGGGAAGGAACAAUGGAUCUUCCACAGUUGAAAAGGAUCAACCUUAGUCAUUCUGAAAGGUUGGUGGAGAUGCCAGAUUUGUCCAUGGCCCCAGAGGUGGAGACCAUAACUCUCGUGAGCUGUGUAUCAUUGGCUCAACUUCCAUCGUCGAUUAGAGAUCUGAAGAAGCUUAUGGUGCUCAAUCUGAAAGAUUGUGUGAGUGUGAAAGUUGACAACUUGCCAAGUCUGGCUGCUCUGGGAAGCCUGGAAACUCUUGUCCUUGCAGGGUGCAGCAGUCUUAAUCAGCUUCCAGAAAUGCCGCCAUAUCUGAAGAAGUUAGUCGUCGAUGAGGAAUGGAGGAGUUGCUGCUAAGCAGUCAGAUACCAGGAAUCGUCUCUUCCCGAGGCUGGGACAUAUACCAUACUGGGCGCCUUGGAUUGAGAUUUA